UUAUGAACAUGAGUUUGUUUCUGCUGCUUCUGCUGUCAGGUUGGUGUCAUCAAUUAAAUCUGUUUUCACAAGUAUAUGUGUGCACAUGCAUAUAUUUAAACAUGUUUAUUUUAACAGGACUUCUGUGCAGCGCUUCUGGUCUUUGGCGAGAUUAUGAGUACAUAAACAGAAAAAUGACAUGGACACAAGCUCAGAGUUAUUGUAGAGAGAGAUACACUGAUCUGGCUACUGUAGACUCGAUGGAUGAUGUGAACACGAUGAUAAAUUUAGUGAAUGAAACGGAUGGGUACACAGGAUCAGUGUGGCUUGGACUGACAAGAAAGAAUCAGAGUAAUUGGGGUUGGUCUAUGGGAGAUGAUACUCUUACACAAUACAGUGCCUGGGAUUCAGCAAAUGCUUCUAGUGAAGGAGCAUGUGGCUAUAGUAACAAUAGAACUUGGUUCACUACUUCCUGCUCAACAGAACUGUACUUUAUGUGCUAUAAGGCGGGUAAUAUAUUUGUCAACUGCUUGUAUGGAAGAAACUGGACAGAUGCUCAAGCCCACUGCAGAGAGAAGUAUGUUGAUCUGCUCACCGUCCACGACCUUGGGGAUCAGGAGAGGCUAUAUACUAAAGGUGUGGUCUGGAUCGGUCUGUUCAUUGACUCUUGGCGGUGGUCCGACCAAUGGAACCUCACCUUUAGAAACUGGGCAGUAGGAUAUCCAUCUGUGAAAUCAGAAUCAGGUGACUGUGUUGCCAUGUCAAUAGCAGCUUCUGGAAAAUGGGCUCAUGACAACUGUAGUCUACAACGUCCUUUUAUCUGCCAUGGAACUCAGAUGAAUAAGCAACAGAUUAUCAGAGUGAACUUGUCCUGUGAAAACUGCAACUUGAAUGAUUCUUCACUACAGAUGACCACGAUGAGUAAGAUAAAUAAAAAGAUGCAGAGCUUGGGGCUGGGAACGUACAACGAUGUAAUGUGGAUGAAGGAUGAAGGUGGAGAGGUGUUUCAUAUGGAGAUAAAUCGUACAGCGAAGACAAAGACUGCAUGUAAUGGGAACUAAUCUGUUAUUUACUUUAAAUAUUUUUUUUUAAAUAAAUAUUUAUAUAUAAAGUAAGUACAUGCAUAAUGCAAACUCUUUGUGCUUAUGAAGUAAUUGUUACAGUAUGUAUCUAUGUCGAUAUAUUCUGUCAAAAACUACAUAAUGAUCUAAUGUUAAACACAUUUUGGCAAGUGUGUUGAGAAGGUGGGAGCUUUAUAGUACAUUUCUUAGUUCUGGUUCAAACUCAAAAUUCGAACUUUGUUCUGUUUUCUCUUUAUUGUUUUAAGUCUAGUUCAGAAACUCUCUCGCCAUGUCUUCUAAAACUAUUAGAAAAUAACUGUAUUUUUUUAAACAAAAAAGCAAUUCUUAAUCUUUCCAUGUCCAUUUUCAUAUCCAGGAAAUGUUAUUUGUUUGUGUAAAUAUAAAACAAACAUGGUAAAGAAGGCCUUAGGUCAUUUGGGGAUCACAUUGCAUUAUGUUGUGGGAAAGUACAAAAUAUUUUACAAUAUUUUGAAACACUGAUUUUAGUCUUCUGUUGUCAGUGCAUUACAUCUACAAUGUGACUCUAUGUAUUUCCGCUUCUGUCACUAUGCAUCUAUUUUGCUCUGUCAUUGUUAGAAAAAAAUUGUCAAAUUAUUGUCCCUAGCCAUCACUGAGGUAGUACCCUUUCAAAAAGUACUUUGUGCAGCAUGCAGCACGUCAAUAGGCUUGUUCG